AUGCCAUCAAAAUUAACAAAAGAUGCUAAUGCACCAAAGAAGCCAUUAAGUGCUUAUAUAUUAUUUUCGGUUGAUGAACGACCAAAAUUAAAAGCAACUGGUUUAGAUAAUUUUGCUGAAAUGAGCAAAACCUUAGCUGCUGCAGGGAAACAAGCUCAUUAUGAAAAAGAGCAUGAACAAGAAAAAAUACGCUUUGAAAAUGAAUUAAAAGAAUAUCAAAAAUCGGAUCAACCAGCUCCACCAUCAAAAGUAGGUCAAAAACUUCAACUUGUAUCAAAAAGUGAAACAACUAAAUCUACUACGACAACAACAGCAGCAACAAAAUCAAAAAAGAGUGCUACAGCCGUUAAAAAUGAAAGUGAAGACGAUGAAGAAAGCGAGGUCCAGUCCGAAAAAGAAGAAGAAGAAAAACUGGCCUCACCUGUUAAUAGUUCACGAAAGAAAAUCUAA